AUAUUGCAGUAAAUACUAUACGCCUGUUCAACUGCUAUUGAUAAACCAGAUUAACAGAUCCAGAGUGAACAGACUGUACUGUAUGUUAAACCAUCAACCAUGACGUUAGGCCUCCAUAGGCUAGGCUAAGAUAGGCCUGGUUUAAUUACCUCGGAUUGUCUUUGAUACUUGAAGUCUCUUAAGUCUUCAGCAACCAUGAAUUCUCUGAAAAGUUUUAUGAAUAAGGUGAGUGCCCAGGUGAGGGAGGCAGGUCCACAGUUGCCAGGCCAAGUUGUUGAUGGUAUAAAUAGUGCUCAUGGCGAGGCGGUGGAAGGAUUUUUGUGUCCUACUUGUUAUAUGAGUUUCUCCACUCCAGAGCUGUUACAGUUGCAUUAUGAAGAGACUCAUAUUGAGCCUGCUGCUAAUUACUUGUGUCCAGUAUGCAAAGCUCGACUCAAUACUCAGCAAGAGUUGGAACAACAUUACAGCAGUAUUCAUGGGAUGAAAGAUGUUCUUCCAGAUACCAGUGGACAUAGCCUUGAAGCUCUUAGGGAAGAGUUGACAGAAUUGUCAACUAAUCUACGGGAGGAGCGUUGGUAUUCCGAAGAGCUAAAGAAAGAGGUUGAAAGAUUACAAGAAGCUUUUAAAAAAAAAGAUGAGAAUGAGGGUAAUUUCAUCCAUAAGUCCCAGCUGGAUGCUGUUGAAGAAUCAAAGGCCUUAUUAACUUCAGAAGUGGUGUUACUUCGCAAGCAACUGACGGAAAGCCUCUCUCUCAAUGCCUCUAUGAGGGCAGAGAAAGACAUGCUGGAGUCACGAGCAUCAGAAUUUGCUGUUGAAAGGGCUGAAUUACGAGCUACUUUGGAUACAUUACAGGCAGAAAAGGUUGGACUUGAAUCCGAACUGCAUGAAAUGAGGUCAACACGAGCUAAGCAGGAAGGCGUAGAUCAAAAUGAAACGCAACAGCUACAACAAGAGGUAGCCAAGCUUCAGGAACAGUUAGUGACUAAAGAAAAAGAGAAAGAAAAUGUCAAAGAUUCAGAGGAUAAAAUGGAGUUAGAGAUUCAAGUCCUUCGCAGUAAGUUACUAGAUCAAGAGACUGAGACUGUUGCAUUCCAAACAAGAGAAGCCGCAUUCCAAGCAAGAGAAGCCGCCCUCCAAAAUGACCUGAAAGCUAAGUCUGAAUUGGCAGCAAGUUUGAAGGAAGAAAUGCGUAACCUUAAAGAUGAGGUUGAUAUAAUGAAGAAAAAGCUUCAGGAUAAGGAUGAAACAAUGUUGCAACUGCAAAGUCAGCUGGAGGACAAGGAUGUUUUAAUGAGUGGAAGUUCACAACAAACAGAAGAACUGAAGGCUAAGUGUAUGAACUAUAUGGAAAAUAUUCAGGCUUUGGAAUCCCAGGUUUCGGAGUUAAGUGCCAAUCAUACCAGUACACAAAGCAAUUUGGAAUCAACAAAGGAAGAGCUUUCUUUGCUUCAGAAAAAACUCAGUGAUCUAGAGGUUGAGAAAAAUAGCCUGACUCGAGAAUUAAGUGAAAAGGAAGGAGAAUUAGAAAGCUUAAAGGAGAAAAUUAAUGAUGCUUCCAAAGAAGAAAGUGAGGUCUUGCAAAAGAAAUCGGAACAAGUAGAAGAGCUUCGGAAAUCUCUUCGAGAUGCAGAGCACAGUAGGACUACUGCAGAAAAUGCCCUUGUUGAGAAGUCUGAAACAAUUGAACAACUCAAUAACAAACUGACAAAUGCUGGAAAUACUUUGAAGGACACAAAUGCCCAGAGAGCACAAUUAGAAGCCACACUAAGAGAAAAAGACCAAAUGGUAAAAAGUUUGCAAGCGCAAGUCAGAGAACUAGAGGCAUUAAAAAGUGACCUGAGUAAGGAAAAGGAAUUAGUGAAAAGUAAAGAAAAGGAAGUCUCUGAAAUGAAAAAGAAAAUGAUUGAUGUAGACUCUAAGAAGAUGCAGGCUGAGAGGACUCUUCAGGAUACCCAAGAAAACUUGAGUAAUAUUCAGGCAGCUUCUCAGACUCUGAAAAGUGAAUUAGAAUCAGUGAAAGAACAUCUGAAAAAGAAACUCACAAGUAUAGAUGAAAUGCAAGUAAAGUUAGAUGAAGGGUUAGCUGUGAAAGAGGAUUUGAAAAGUAAGCUUCUCAGUGCACAAAAUGAGCAUCAAAGUUUAAGUGAAGAGCUGAAAAAGUUACAGUCACAGAAAACUACUGUGGAAUCUGACUUGAAGGCAGCUUUAGAAAAAAAUGCAAGCAUUGAGGCAAAACUUGAAAGUGUCACAUCAGAAAAAACAAAAUUGCAAGAAAAUCUGGGUAAAUCAGAAAGUGAAAAAGCACAGUUAGAAUCCACAUUCAAAGAACAGGCAUCAAAGCAUCUUGCACAGCUACAGGAAUUGCAAGAAAAGGAAAAGAAAUUAAGUGCUGAAAAUGCAGAGUUGUCUACCAAAGUGAAUAAUUUGCAAAAAGAAAUAGAUGAAAUUUCAAAAGCAAGGGAUGUAGUAACUCAGGAUUUACAAAAGGAGAAGCAAAACUUAGAAGCAUUGAAAACUAAUAGUGAGAAGUUACAUCAGCAACUAGAGCAACUAAGUAAGGAGCACCAUGCAUUGAAUCAAGAGAAGAAGGAGUUGGAAGAAAAAACUAAUGAAUUAAAGGACAAGGUAAAUGAGGAGUGUGAUACCAGAGCUGCAUUAGUGGCCCAACAUGCAGCUGAACUGACUGCUCAGCAGGAUGCCAGAGAUCAGUCAGAAACUCAGUUACAGUCGUUAAAAGAGUCUUCAAGUAAAAUGAAGGCUGAGCUAGAAAAGAAAGUUGCUUCACAGGAUAAAGAGGUAUCUAGUUUAAACAAACAGCUUGAAAUUCAUUAUCAAAAAGUUGGGGAGUUAGAAGGACGAGUGGCAGGCCUUGAAGCAGAGGUUGCAGGACUAGCUGGAGAAAAGCUGGAAUUGGAGGUACGUGUUGAAGCCUCUGUAGAAGAACAGAAAGGUCUGGUUGAACGCUGUGUGACAGCAGAAUCAGAAGUAGAGCGUCUUCAGGGUCACCUCACGCAAUUAAGACGAAAACUUGAUGAUUCCACAGCAGCUCUUCAGGAGUUAGGAAGAGAAAAUCAGAAUUUACAGAUGGAAACAACUAAGUUAGCAGGUAGAAAGUGGGCGGAUGAUUCUGAAGCUGUAAACUGCCGGGACUGCAAUAAAACUUUUUCUAUGACUAUACGACGUCAUCACUGUAGAAACUGUGGUCAAAUAUUCUGCAAUGAUUGUUCAAGUAAACAGGCUCCUUUGGAAGCUAAUAAAAAGUCUGUAAGAGUGUGUAAUCAAUGUUAUAAUGAGUUGACUUCUAAAAUAUUGUAAAAUUGUAUAUUUUAAUCCACAGCUUUAUUACAAUAUAUUUGAAGCACAUAUUGAUUGUUCAUGUGCUGGCUGUGUUGUGAAGGUCACAAUUUAAUACUGCUCUGUUGUGUAAUGUAAAAUAAGGUACAUUGUAUUCGUGUCUAAUGAGAUGCAUCUUUAUCCAAAAUGGUGUGUUGUAUAUAACUACUAUAUAAACAUUACUAAUGUGCUUUCAGGGCACAACUUUUACGUACUAAAUUUUGGUGCCUUCACUUAAGUAAUAUCCAUCAGAAUUGAAGUCCAUCAUUACUAGGAGUUUUAGAAUGGAAACAGUGGUCCAUAGGUGAUGGUGGAACAAGGUUGAAGUCAGUCUCUUAAGAUUUACCUUCAAAUUGAUAAAUUAAGUACAAUUAGCUAUCAUUGCUUGCCAACUACAACCAGUUCAAAAACUUCUUUGUUAUAAAAGCAUGUAGAUGUAUAUAGACUUGGCUUGAUUCACAUAAUUAUUAGGAGUAAGCAGAUAAGCAAUAUGAGCAUUAUUAACAAAAAACAAAACAUUUUUAAUAGUAGAACCUUUGAGUUUCAACCAUACUCGGAAAAUUACUCCCAUGUUUGUUGUAAUUGAUUUAUAAUUGGCAUUGAGAAUUGCCAAUCUACAUUUUGUAAGAAAAAAAAAAACUACCAAAGGUCUUAAUGACUGAAUCUGAAUAUAUAACUCCUUAAUAUGUACAGGCAUGUAUUGUGUUUUCACAUAGGGCAGAGAAUCAUUUAACUUAGGGCUGAUUUAGGGCAGAGAAUCAUUUAACUUAGGGCUGAUUGAUUUCAUAAGUCAUUUUAAUAUUACGUCAAGUGUCCAUGUGGAAUCAUAUUUCCUAGAGAUUUCUUUCAGUUCAACAGGUUAGCAAUUGGAUAUCUCUCAGUUUUUAGAUGAUAAUGUAACAGUUUAUUUGAAAGUAGGAAUGACAAAUAGGAACCAAGCAUUGUUAAUUGCAGUUACUAGAUAAUGGCUAUUCAUUAGCUCAUGUAUAGGAGACUUCUUGCCAUAUUUUCUGGUAUUUCAUUUUUCUCCCUGUGUGAAUUACAAACUAUUACUUUAUUUAGCAUUCCCCGGUGUGAGCUGUAAUUGAGCGUUGUUGAAAACUGGUAGCAAGGUAUCUCUUGGGGGAGGCCUGAGCCCAAGAUCUCACACUCAAGACUUUCUUCUUGCUAACCUUAACCUUGACUGCUGAGAAUACUGGCAUUGGCCUUUUUUUUUUAAAUCGUAUCUGGCGCUCGGAAGGUUGGGAAUCUUUGCCUUUCUCAUUCUUUUCCGAGUUUGGGGCAAAACAAAACCAGAACCUGUUAGUCCCUGAUAAGAGAUACAAGAAUUUCAAUUCCCUUUCUUUGUUAGUUUGUAGGGGGUGAUCUUGACAAGUUGCUUUCAUACCAGGUGUAAACAGCAAGGUACUACCUAAGAAGGAUCAAACCCCAUAUUCCAAAGUGUCGGCACAUUUUUGUUAGUAUCAACAGGCACAAGGAGAUGUCCAAGUGCACCCUUUCUUUCUGACAGCUAUAAUUAGACAAGCAACAUGGACCAAUGCACAAUUUGGGUGAGGAUUUAGGUAGUUAAGGGUGUAGGACCAUCUUUUGCAUUGUAGAGUAGCUUUUCAGUAGCACUGAUACUAUAAGGCAAGUAUCUGGAGAUGUCAGACCACCUUCACCUCAUCCCAAGGGAUAUGGAAGUCCCUUAAUACCUUCAUCUCAAGACCUGUGGUGGCAGCUCAGCAGGUUGUGUAGUCACCCAAGCAGCUCUCAGAAAAGUUUCUCACUUACGGCACUUGGAGGGCAUAAGGCUAGGGUUAGGUUAAAUGGUGGAAUGGCUUGCUCUCCUGCUUCUUUCUUUUCCUUCCACUGAGAGACGGCAGCUUGGGUUGAAUACAGUGUUUAAUGGGGCUACAGAUGCAGGUUGGCUACACAUUUGAGCAUCUGGUCUUAGAGCUUUAGUUUAUAUGAUUUGACACCCUCUGCUUUCUGUUAACAAUAGGGGUAGAGUUAUAUAUACGAUUGCUUUCAAAGUUAUGAUGGCCCAUUUUAUUAUACUGUAUCGGAAACCAUAUUCAAAAUUUUGAAUUUCAGUUUUUUCUCAGGCAAGCAAUAAGCUGUGCAAUACUCUCCUGUGAAUAUUGGACACCGGACAGCACCAGCACACCUCACCUCACAGUCUGUCAUGCAGUCACUAUUGUAUACAACCAGUACUCUGGAAGGUUGUUGGUUGCUCUUGUUUUUUAGGGUAUCCUCCUGAGUCUCUGCAUAGUUCCCUUUGUCUCCUGCUACUGUUUAGCGGAAGGUCAUAACUCUUCCAGAAAAAUUGCCACGCAUGAAGGCAGGAAUCAGUCCUGACCAUCUUAAGGAUAAAAUGCAUAUUAGUGAUGCUGUGAAAUCUUAUGCACCUGCAAAAUAUGCUUUCAUUUAAAGAGCUGGGCAACUACUUUGAAAAAAAUUACCUAUGUGGAAGUUGAAGAUGAAUACCUCUAUAACUGUUGUUCUUCACCUCCAGUACACGAGAUAUUCAACACUUUAAGUAUUACAAAAUAAGACCAUGUUAAUGAUUUUGCCCGGCUAUUGGUCAGCCUCCCACAUACCAGUGUUUUAUCGUGAUACCAUCUCAACAAACCCACGGUCCUUCAUGUUGAAGGACAAAGUAUUCAGGGACAGCAGUUGAUUGAGGUAUUAUUGGUUAACUGCCUUGUUACCAUGUUUCAAUGACCCACAGCAGUUUGUGCUGAGGAAUACUUCCACAUAAAGGAUCCAGUUUUUAUGCCUAGAAUAUAUACAAAUUGAUUUAAAAAUCUGUGAUUUUCCUACCCAUAUUAAUCUCCAAUAAUACACUGUUUUGAUUAUUUGACUCAUGUUUAGUUAUUUAGUUUCUUUGCCAAGAAGUUGCAUUUACAAUUUGGUCAUACAAAUUAAGUUCUCUUUAUGAAACUUUUUGCUUAUGAAAUGGUGGCAAAAGUAAUACAAAAUUUAGAGCUCCUUGAAAAUUACUGCAUCCAUAACCUGUAGCUAAACUGAUGGAUCAUAAAAUUUAAAUAAGUAAUAUUUUAAAAAUUACACAUGAAGUCUGUCACACCUUUACACAUUAGCCCUUUAAUUAAUUUUAGACAAUCUAAAAGCAUUUCAAUCAAUUGUAGAGUUGGUCACUUCAUUGUUUGGAUAUUACUUAUUAAGCAGAGCCCUCACUAAGCUUUUUUUUUGAAUAUAGUGAGUUUCAUUCAGUUUUGGAGAUGCAUUGAUUUCAAAGGUGCUGAUAAUGAAAAUUGAAAUGCUUCAUUAACUUUUGCACAAGGAUUUCAUUGUACAGUAUUAACUUUUGCACAAGGAUUUCAUUGUACAGUAUAUUAGAUUGCCAAAGAUUUUUUUUACAACAAUGUGUCAACUUAAACCUUUCAUUACUGUAUUUUCCUGAUUAGUUAAGAGCAAAUCAGUUAACAUUUCAUUUUCUGUCAGUAAAUAUUUACAGUUGAAUUUAUUUUUGGCUGAUUUUAAGUAACAAAAAAAUUAUGGCACUAAUAAAUUUUAAGUAAAUUUUAUACAAAUUAUAAAUUUUUAAGUAAAUUUUCUGCAAAGAAAACAAACAACCAUUUGCAGCAGCAGUAUUGAAUGAGGUAUAUAGUGUGUUUAACAAAAUUGGUGUAGAUAUUUUUGUAGAAUGAAUUAUGGUCAUUUAUUAGAUUACUUCACAUAUUCAAUUAAAACUUGGUAGCUGCCUUUGUGUAAUCAGUAUUUUACUUAAAAUUUGGUGCUCUUCAUGCAAAAAUUAACUAAUAGCUAUGGAACAGAUGACAUUUCAGAAUUUUUAACUCUCAGAUGGAUGACCAUAUAAUUUGUUGUAUGAUUUGUUUCUAAGAUUAAAUACAUACUGUAGUUUGAAGAGUAUUAACACAUAUUAGAUGAAAAUUUUUAGCAUGAAAAUUAAUUAUUUUUCAUGUUGCAAGCUGUUCUUUGUUGAAGUUUUAUUUAAAAGGCUUGUCUUCAUGGGUGAAUCAUUUUAACCGAUUUGGCUAUUCAGUACCUUGAUGUAAACAAGGUAAACGAUUUAAGUACUGCAUAUGGAUUUUGUAAAGAAGAUACAUUAUAUACGGUGCAUUUGAAAUGGAUGUUUUAGAUGCAACAAGCUGAUAUGUAAAAUAACUGAAGUAGCCACAGAAUAUCUCAUCAUUUACCAAAGAGGUAUUAAGAAAUGUCAAUAAAAAAAAUGCAAUUUUAGAAAACUACAUGACCCAAGCAUUACUUCCAAAUUAGUUUAAUUACAUGACCUAACAGCCCCUUCCAAAUUAAAUUUUUCCUUUUUCCUGUCAUGGCUUACAGAUAACAUUGAACAUUUCUAAACUGGAAAAUUGUUAUGAUUUUCAGGUUACUAUAUAGAUACGUAGUUCUUCUCCUGUCAGUGAGACCAUCUCAUUUUAAAUUUUUUACUUGUAAAACAUAACAAAUUGCCAAGCAUGUUUUUUACCAGGAUUAUACUAUCAGUUCCAGCAAUUACUUUUUUUUUCUCUCUUUUUCUUACUCUGCAAUUUUUUUUUUUCUUAUUCUGCAAAGUUAGAGCACUUGGAUUUUCAACUUAAGCUUCAUGGUAGUUUAAUCCGGGUUUAAAAGUACCUAGGUUCUUUAUAAAAAAAAAAACUCAAAGAAUGGGUGGCAUUCACAUUUUCAUUUAAUUGAAAAUAAGCAUUGAAAAAGACUUUGAUUCUUUGAUUUAUAAAAGUUGAAAAAAUAUCUGUUGACCAGACGUAAUAUUGAAUUGUUACUGUGCUGUUGGGCUUAGGGAAAUUAGUCUAUAUUAUGUUAUCAUGACACUAAGCAAGGCUUAAAAAAUGUACUUUCAGGGUAGUCUGUAGAAUAUAAAUGUAUAAGCUUGCACAUCCAUACUCCUCAAUGAUUAUGAAACUGGCUUAGCUGUUUGGCUUAUGUUCUUGUCUUGACAUACCUGCUUCAUGUUCUUUUCACAACUUGGAUGUUUGUGGGAGCAUACGUUUGUUUAAAGUCACUAUUUAAAAAUGCAUCUCUUGGAAGUAAUUUUAAGAAGUUUUCUGUGAAGCACCUUUGUUAUACUAAACGUAUUGUGACCUAAGCAUAUCAGCCUUUGUUAGGCCAAAUCUUGGUGCAGGUAAAAUGAGGUAUCUUAUUAUCUGCAUCCAGUUCACAAAACAUGCCAUUGACAAAGUGUUGAAUUUAUGUAAGGCAGUGUUGUUUUGUAUAAAAUUGUAUUAUUAGCUUGGAGGUUUCAAAGUUAUUGGUAAGCAUUGGAUUGGAAGUAUCAAAGUGAAUUUGGUAAGUAGUGGGCUUAUUUGCCAUUGGAGUAUCUUCCAUCACAAACUUUUGAUUUAUCUCAUACACAAAGGCUGUCACUAGACCAUUGAGCUGUUGAUACUGUAUUGGUUGUUGUUAUAUAGCAAAGUAAAUGAGUUAAAUCAAAAGGAUGGUGAAUAAUGGUUUAAGUGUAGUAAUCAUUUAUAAAAGUUUUAAAGUAUGAAUUUUAUAUUCAAGGUAUUAAAUAUGGUAGCAGAAAUGUCUAGCACCAUAAAAACUUUUCAUAUGAAAUUUUUUUCAUAUUGUUGAUCUCAUCUGAAAACUUUACCAAUACAUCAGUAUAUGUUGUUACUGGGAGAUGAUUGAAAUUAUUAAUGAUCCAGGUUAUGAAUAUACUGCAACUUGCAGUUUUGCAUAAUUUCAGACUUUUACAUUUCUUCUAGGUACAGCUUUUUUAUAUUUAGGGUAUAAUUUAACCCCUUGGGCAUACUUUUUAAACUCUGUUCUCAUAUUACUAACUUCCUGAAGUGACAUGCUAGUAAGUUUUGGAACAUUGUUACCAUUGCAAUCACACCUAUGUCAUUUUUUUUUUUUUUUGCAGUAUUUUGCGGUGCUACUAUUCCAUAUUACAUGUAGAAUUCAACAAAGUUUUGAUCUUUGUACCAGUAUGUACAUGAAAAACUAGUAAAAACUGCAUAUAAAGCCACACAGGAGGAAGAUGCCAUAUGGGACGGUAGAGCAUGGUCUAGGCAUGCAUAGUUGGUUCAUUGUCUUUCAGGAUUCAGCAAAUUGUACUACAGCUAGGAGAGCUGCUGCACAGAAUAAGGCUAUGUUUGGUUAAUGGUUUCAUAGUGGACAAAUAACUUUUCAGAAGUGUUUCAGAUAGCUUCCUCCAGCUGCAUUUUAUUGUAAGACAACUGUUUUCAAAUAUUCCUCAGAAUAAUGCUGACUACUCUAUUUCUCCUUCCUAUGCCUUUUAGAUUAUUUUGGAUUUAUAAAAUAAUACAAAAAAAAUGUUUUGUUUAGUUGCAAGCCAUGUUAAGGUUUGAUCUGCAAACUCAAUGAAAGCAAGUUUUUACUAUUGUCUUGGUUAGUCAUUAAAAGCAGAUAUUUUUCACACAUUGCCUUGACUAUUUCUUGAGUGUUGAUAAGGGUAUACUGUAGUACAUACAUGCAAAUAAUGCUAAUAAAAUUAAAGGCAAACCCGAGGCACCAGUUUCAUGCUUCAGUCUGUACGUAUAUCAAGCAGACUCAACAUUCGGUAUACCAUACUUGCUGCUUUAGCCCAAACAGGGAUUUUGUAUGACAAAAAUUAAUGCCGAUAUAGUUAGAAACACAAUUAAUUGACUACAGUAAUGUAAGGUUAACUAUUAGCAUGUCUUCAGUUUUAAAGGUUUAUAGUAUUCACUCUAUAUAAGCAGAGGGAGAGAUUUGAAGCACAAAAAAAUAAAGCAUAUACAUUAAAAGGGACGGCAAAAUUUUUCACUAGAGGUUGUAUUUUUAUAUUUCCCUAUUUACUUAAUACUAUUAUGUAUUGGAUGAAGUGAUAUAAUUACGCCAAUAAACUCCAAUAGUCUUGGAUAAAAGAAAAAUCUGAUUGGCAAUAUUUUAUGUAAAGUGGAAUUGUAAAUGCAUGGACACAUUCUUUAAAGUGUAUGGAAACUUUUACAUUUUGUUUUUGAAUUAAUAGUUUCUUUGCCCAAGGGGUUUACCUGUCCAAAAAUAGGCUUCAGGCUUUGGUUUGCAUUUGUUGCCUAAUAAUGGUAAAGAUAAUGAAGAGUCUAUUUUUAUGUAUAUUAUAACGUAUAUCCAGUAUUGUGCAAAUAACAAUAUUGCCAAAUAGUAAAUGUUUUUAUUAAUAAAUAAAAUGUUGAAGUCUA